AUGGCCAUUGCUUUUGUGAUGAAGUAUAGUGUUGAUGAAGGAAAUCAGAGUGGAGGAACAGAAACUGGAUCAUCCUCUGCUGAUGGUGCAAGCAUAGGUAUUGCAGUGGAAGACUAUCUAGAGAAGGAUUUGGAAAGGUUGAACACUGAGCAGAAAGUUGCAUCACAAGCUGUUACUGCUACAGGCAAAACCUUUCAGCAGACAUCUGGAGGAUCAAUUGAACCUUACCAAGCAGCAGCUCUUUCAAUGCCAGACUGCAGAAAUUUGCCAUCAUUAAGCAAUGUUACUGAUGCAUUGCAACGUUACCUUUUCAGGGUUGGCAGUGAUACUCAGUGUUUGAACAGUGCAGAUAUUACUGUACUUUGUAAUGCACCACUGCUGAACAACACUGCUUACAGGUUCAAAUACCUUCUUGUGGGAGUUAAUGGAAGCUCAAAACAUGUAUUGGCUCAGACACCAUGGUCUGAUGCAAUAUUCACCAAGCAGAUUAAAGCAUUUGAAGCCAUUGAUACCUGGCCUGGCAAGAUGACUGGAGGACAAGUGGUUGUUACUACCAUCUUGAUUGUUCUACUUUUUGUCCUGCUGUGUGCGUGUGUUGCAACACUGGUGUUUAGCAUCUGGGGAAAUGGACUUCCAAAGAUGGAGUCAACUAGACAUGCAAGUCAGAUUACCCAGCAGGUACAACUGUCUGCCACAACUGAGACUGCUGCUUCAGGAGCCACUGCAGAUGAGAAGGCCAUUAGUUAUGCCUCUCAACAUCCCUAACCAUAAGCUGCUUAAUGGAAGGCUUGAAGUUUACUGUAAGUACAA